ACAAACGACACCGCGGUCAAUAAAUAGGGGACGAAUCCCGCUUCCGCGAGAGUGGCAGUAAGAUCGUCAGAUCCGAGCUCGGCGAUCGGUGCAUCGAACGCCAUCGUCGCCCCAUCACCAGAUCCGAAGCUUCACAUCACACCUUCUUCGCAUCCCGCUCUCCGUCUCGACCUCGAGCUCGGAAGAAGCAUGACGAAAGGCUUCGCCGAGCUCUUCAGUUCCCGCCUCUUCGUCAAGAUCUCCGCUCUCGCCCUCACCGCCAUCGUCUCCUUCUACCUCGGCCGUCGUUGGUCCGACUCCUACCCCCAGCUCGUCUUCUUCACCAGCGGCGGCGCCUCCGACCGCCUCGCCUCCCCCUCCGUCGCCGUUUCCCCCAACGCCAACCUCACCCUCGACGUCUCCGCCCUCGCCUCCAACACCACCCUCCUCCCCGGUGACGCUGACGCCCUGCCGCCGCUCGAUGCUGAUCUGCCCCCGUCCUCGCCGCCGCCGGAGGCGCGGAAGGUCGGGAUCGUGGAUGCGAACGGCACGAUGAGCGUGGGCUUCGACGCGGGGGAGCUUGAUCCUGAUAUGGCCGACGGAUGGGAUGACGAGGGGUCGGCGAUUAAUGAGACGGCGGGCAUGGGGAGCGGGGAGGGGGAGAGGAGGGCUAGGGUCAAGAUAGAUAAGUUUAAGGUGUGUCCGCAGGAGAUGAGGGAGUGGAUCCCUUGUAUGGAUAACGAGGAGGCCAUCAAGAAGCUCAAUUCCACAGAGCGAGGGGAGAGAUUCGAGCGGCAUUGUCCGCUCGCGGGGAAGGGGUUGGAUUGUCUAGUUCCGGCGCCACAGGACUACAAGAAACCAAUUCCAUGGCCCCAGAGCAGAGAUGAGGUAUGGUAUAGCAACGUACCACAUACACGCUUGGUCGAAGACAAAGGAGGACAAAAUUGGAUCUCUAGGGACAAAGAUAAGUUCAAAUUCCCAGGAGGUGGGACCCAAUUUAUCCAUGGAGCAAAUCAAUAUCUGGAUCAGAUUUCUCGGAUGGUUCCAGAUAUUGCAUUUGGCAAUCACACACGAGUUGCCCUAGAUGUUGGGUGUGGUGUAGCUAGUUUUGGUGCCUUUCUACUCUCACGCAAUGUGGUCACCAUGUCUGUGGCUCCAAAAGAUGUUCAUGAAAAUCAGAUUCAAUUUGCUCUUGAACGUGGUGUGCCUGCUAUGGUCGUAGCUUUUGCAACACACCGUUUGCCAUAUCCAAGCCAGGCAUUUGAUCUGAUUCAUUGUUCAAGAUGUAGAAUAAACUGGACCCGUGAUGAUGGGAUUUUGCUUCUCGAGGUCAACAGAUUACUCAGAGCUGGAGGGUACUUUGUUUGGGCAGCACAACCUGUUUAUAAGCAUGAAGAGAUCCAACAAGAGGCAUGGAAAGAUAUGGAGGACCUCACAGCAAGUAUUUGUUGGCAACUUGUGAAGAAGGAGGGUUAUAUUGCCAUAUGGCAGAAGCCUUUGAAUAAUUCAUGCUACAUGAAUCGUGACUCUGGAGUCCAACCACCUUUAUGUGAUGCAAAGGAUCAGCCAAACAAAGUUUGGUAUGUUGACCUAAAACCAUGCAUCACCCGCCUUCCUGGAAAUGGAUUUGAAGCAAAUGUUUCUUCAUGGCCUGCUCGGUUUCACAAUCCUCCACAAAGGCUCCAAGAAGUUGACAUGGAUGCUUAUGUAGCGAAAAAUGAUCUUUUCAAGGCAGAAUCAGCAUACUGGAAUGAAAUUGUUGAGAGUCACAUUCGUAUCUUCCGUUGGAAAGAAAUGGAGCUGCGUAAUGUGAUGGACAUGAGAGCUGGUCUUGGAGGGUUUGCAGCUGCACUGAUCAAUCAACAAAUUGAUUGUUGGGUGAUGAAUGUCGUUCCAAUCAGCGGGCCAAACACAUUGCCGGUAAUAUAUGAUCGUGGACUUAUAGGAGUGACCCAUGACUGGUGUGAGCCAUUUGAUACAUAUCCAAGAACUUAUGACUUAUUGCAUGCAUCUGGCCUAUUCUCUCAAGAGCAGAAAAGGUGCAACAUCUCAAGCAUCUUGUUGGAGAUGGAUCGCAUGCUAAGACCCGGCGGUCGUGUUUAUAUUCGCGAUUCAAAAUAUAUCAUGGAAGAGAUUUUAGACAUUACACUGGCCAUGGGAUGGAGGAGUGACCUGCGCGACACCUCUGAAGGCCCAUAUGCUAGCAGGAAGCUGUUGCUGUGCAAUAAGCCAUUCUCCUAGAAGUUUUGCAGGUUAUUAUAUUUAUUCUCUUUCGGAGGUUUUUUUUCCUUUCUCGUUACAUUCUUCUGCACAAUGGGGCGGAAGAGGUGUAGCUUCUGCAUCUUUUUCGUCGCCAGUGAGUAGUAGUGGUUUUGUUGUAACAGCUAAUCUUAUUCUACUAUAAAGAACGGUAAUGUAAACAUCUUCUGCAUUUGUCACCAACUCUCUCGAAUCAAGAAUAUCUCAUCAAGCUGUUGUAAGAUUUAUGUUUA